AUGGAUUUCGAAUUAGGGAAGAAGAGUGGACAAAUACCGGCGUUCGGAGACUGGGAUAAUGCCAGCGAGCUCCCGAUCACUCAGUACUUCGAAACUGCCCGGCAAGCCGGCUUGAUUCGUUAUAACGCCACCGCCACUACUGCGCACCAUCACCACCACCAGCACCAGAAUCAUAAUCAAUAUUACUAUGAUGAUCAUCAUCCGUACAACAUUAACAACCGCGGUGCUGCCGGCGGCGGCUACCAUGGCUGUGCCUGCAAUGAUCUCUACGCUGCUGAUUUUCUUCAGAAACCUCCCAUUCGCGUUGUUCGUGUUCCUAACCAUAAGGCAGAAAUUCAUGGAGGAUUGGGAUUGGACGACGACAACGGUAGGAGGAGGAGGAGGGGAGGAGGGCGUCCCCCGCAUCUUAAGGAGCAGAAACUGAGGAUCAAAGAAGCAUAUGGUGAUGAUGAUGGAGCAGCGGAAGUGGACCUAAAACAUCAGCAGCAGCAGCGGAACAACCACCGUACACGGAGGAGCAGUACUAGUGCCAGUAGUCACCAGCUUUAUUGUCAGCAGAAGAAGCAACAAUUCCCCAAGCAUUCAGCUCCCAUUAUUCAUGACCACCACCUACUCCCCCCUACUCACAAUACAAAUAAACCAACAUCUGUACUACCCCCUAACACUGUUUCUUUUGAUAAGGUAAAACCAGUAGAUGAAGAUCUUUACAAGAUUCCUCCCGAGCUACUCCUCCAUCACUCCAAGCGGGGUAUUCUGAUAACAGUUGUUCAUUCCAUAGAAGUGAUCUUCAACAAGUUUUAA